CAGCCAGAAUACUGCACCAACUUUGUCUGCUACCGUAGCGAAGAGGAUGGUUACGAAGAAAAGCGUUGACAUAGAAAAGGAAAAACUUGCAAAAAACAUGCACUCCGGCUCCAACAGUGGCGCCACGGGUCUUCCAACAAAGUCGUCCAGUGCGGGUGGAGGAGGCGGAGGAGGCACCAGCGGUGGGUCUUGCAACGCGGUAGUAAGCUUUAGUGCAAGCACCAUGGCCAACAGCAGCCAUAUGGUGCAGCAGAUCCUACCCCACGGUCAGGAUGCGCCUAAUAUACUCGUGUACAAGAAGAUGGAGGCAAUCGUCGAGCGGAUGCAAACCGAAGGUACCGGCGUGUCGGUCCGUACGGUCAAGGCCUUCAUGAGCAAGGUGCCGUCAGUAUUUACUGGGGCAGAUCUUAUUCAAUGGAUCAUGACCAACCUAACGGUCGACGACAUUAGUGAGGCUCUUCAUCUAGCACAUCUACUAGCGUCUCACGGGUAUCUAUUCCCGAUCGAUGACCACCAGCUGACGGUACGGAACGAUGGUACAUUCUAUCGCUUCCAGACGCCCUAUUUCUGGCCGUCCAAUUUCUGGGAGCCGGAAAAUACCGACUAUGCCAUCUAUCUCUGCAAACGCACCAUGCAGAACAAGACGCGUCUCGAGCUGGCCGACUAUGAGGCCGAAAAUUUGGCCAAGCUGCAAAAGAUGUUUUCACGCAAAUGGGAGUUCAUUUUCAUGCAGGCGGAAGCGCAAAGUAAGGUGGACAAGAAGCGGGACAAACUCGAGCGCAAAGUGUUGGACUCGCAGGAACGGGCGUUCUGGGAUGUGCACCGACCGAUGCCAGGUUGUGUCAAUACGACCGAGAUGGACAUUAAAAAAGCGUACCGGAAGGGUGCUUCAUCGCUCGGAUCUGGAUCAGCCGGUACGGCGGCACAUAGCAAUCCGGCAGAGACGAUGGCAAAAACAAUCUCACUGCUCAAGCAAAAGCUCGAUCGACGAACGAUCAAAGUCUCGAAAGUGGCUGAAUCAUACAUUUCGUACUAUGAGCAGUAUAGCGAAUUUGACUAUUUUCUAUCAGCUCCGGAUCAUCCCAAUCCAUGGCAGACGGAUAAUACGGAGUUUUGGGAUGCGGAGAAACUCGGGAAGGACAUCCCGAUGAAACGGGUCAAACGGUGGGGCUUCAGUUUGCGAGAGUUACUAAACGAUCCGAUCGGUCGCGAGCAGUUUACCAAGUUUCUCGAUAAAGAAUUUAGCGGUGAAAACUUAAAGUUUUGGGAAGCGAUUCAGGACAUGAAGGCUUUACCGCAGUCCCAGAUAAAGGAUGCCGCGCAAGCAAUCUGGAACGAGUAUCUCGCCCCGGAUGCUGCCUGCCCGGUUAAUAUCGAUUCGAAAUCGCUCGAAUUAGCACGUGAGGUAGUGAAGGAAGGGGCGGCACAGCCGAGCCGCUGGUGUUUCGAUGUUGCAGCCGAUCACGUCUUUUAUCUGAUGAAGAGUGACUCCUACUCGCGCUUCCUUCGUUCCGAUAUGUACAAAGACUGUCUGAACGGCUCAAAGAAGAAGACAUCCGUCAAAGGACUUCGAAUAUUUUCUGGAAGAAAAGAUACGCCUGUGAUAAAUUAACUUUUGCCUGUUAUUUUCCCAAAAUUCUUCCCGUU